AAAUAAACUUUUCUAUUGAAUCUCGAACAUUGUGUAUUAGACAUUCAUGUAGUGUGAACGUGCUCUUAUUUUUCAACUUUAUUCACUUUCUGUCUUAAAGGCCCUCUUAUACUAGAGAUGGUCAAUGUCAAAAAAAUAAUUGGCGUAAAAAUAAUUGCUCUUCAGUUUUACAGCAAUAUCUCUAUUUUCGAGUUGCGAGCAGUUGCUGUGAAGAGAAAAAUUCAAGGGUCGAUAUAAAAACGGUGCUAAGAGAUUAUAAAAUACAAGUUAAAAUUUAAAAAGAAACAGCAAAGUGAAUUGUCUUCGGUGCUUCAGGAUGACAGAGCAUAAGUUUCCACAAUUGAAAAAUGAUCGCAUACUUAGGGCAGCACGCGGAGAGCCCGUUGACAGGGUUCCUGUUUGGGUUAUGAGACAAGCUGGCAGAUAUCUUCCGGAAUUUCAAGAAGUGAGAGCUCGACAUGAUUUUUUCACUGUUUGUCAAACUUCAGCAUUAGCAUCUCAGGUGACCUUGCAGCCAAUAUUGCGUUUUGAUCUGGAUGCUAGUAUAAUUUUCUCAGAUAUUCUGGUGAUCCCUCAAGCGAUGGGCCUGAAGGUUGAAAUGGUAGCGGGUAUAGGUCCGGUUUUGCCUCAGCCUUUAAUCAAUCCAAGUGACUUGGCAAGACUUGUGCGGCCAAAUGUAGAAGAAGCUUUAAAAUAUGUUGGAGAUGCUAUAACAUUGACUAGACAUAAACUGGAUGGGAAAGUACCAUUGAUAGGAUUCAGUGGAGCACCUUGGACCCUGAUGGGUUACAUGAUUCAAGGAGGUGGUAGUUCUACAAUGGCAAAGGCAAGAUCAUGGUUGUAUAAAUAUCCAGAAGAUUCUCAUAAAUUACUACAGAUGAUUACAGAUGUAAUUGUGGAUUAUUUAAUAAUGCAAGUAAAAGCUGGUGCUCAGUUACUGCAAGUAUUUGAAAGUAAUGGAGACUAUUUAGAUGAUACUUUGUUUACAAAUUAUUCCUUCAAAUAUCUCAAACAAAUUAGCAAACGUGUACGAGAACAGUUAAAAAAAGAAAAUAUCCCAGAAGUACCCAUGAUUGUUUUUCCGAAAGGUGCAACCAUGAAGUCUUUGGAAAUUCUUGCAAAAGAUCAAAGUUAUGAAGUUAUAGGCUUAGAUUGGACCAUAGAUCCUGCGGAAGCUAGAAAAUGUCUUGGACCUAAUGUUACAUUACAAGGUAACAUGGAUCCUUGUGCAAUGUACUCAUCACAGGAUGAAAUUGUUGAUCGUGCACAGAAAAUGGUGGUAAAAUUUGGUAAAGAUCGAUAUAUUGCCAAUUUGGGGCAUGGUAUUUUACCAGACACUCCCAUUCCAUCUAUGCAAGCUUUUAUUAAAGGUGUACAUACUGCGUAAGCAUAUUCUUUACAGUCAUAAACAUGCAUACAUUAUAUAUUUGUUAAAUAAUUAUCAUUAUAUUAAAUUGUUUAUCUCUCUGUUAACACAUUUAACGGAAUUUUAUAAUAUUUCCAAUGUCAGAAGUAUCUUUUUGAUAUUAUUUUUCAAUAAAGGGAAGUCUUGACUAGUUCGUUCCAUUAUAUGUUUUAAGUAAUCAUGAAGGAUCUGUUCAUUUUGGAAUUCUUCAUUCAAUGCUGUUUCACUCUUGAACAGCAUCUUGUAUCGGCCAUUUUUGAUAUCUUGGAGCAUUUUAGCUUUCCGUUGUUUAAAAACCAAUGCUUGUAAAUUCUGCAGAUAACCAAAGGUUUUACGAUAAGUAGUAAUUCUACAUAAUAAUAUGAAAUGUUAAGAAAAUUAAGAAUCUGUAAUAAUACGUGACAUACAUGAUAUUUAAUAGC